AUGAAUUUUGUAUUUGCCAUUAAUGACACCCUUGAUAUCAGCUCAAAACUUAAAAGCAUUCAUGGCUCCUCCGUCUAUAAAAAAAAGGAGUUGAAAUUAACAUCAAAGUCCACCACCACCACCACAACAACAAUGGCGACUGCUAUUGUACCUCUCCUCGUCUUCCUCUUCUGCAUGGUCUCAAAAUCAGCCAUCACCGCCACCCCCGCACCGGCGCCACUGCCCCUCCGCAAAAAUCUAUCUCUUUCUCCCCCCACGGCGCCACACAAAGACAUAACCCCGCCGCGAAUCGAAAUGACCAAUGAAUGCAACUACGUGGCCCUAAUCAACUGUGCUCCCAACACCAUAUGGAAGUACGUGGACACUUCAGAGACUUGGACAUUCAACACCACCGGAGUUUCCGACGUGACGGACUAUAUGUGCAUGGUGGAAUGGGAUAACCCUCGGAACAAUAACAACGGGUUCGGGCCAGUAGACGGGUAUUUCUGUCCAUUUCCUAAGAAAAAAUGUGGGAGUAAUUGUCGGUGGAGAAUACAAGCGAAUGCGAGGUAUGCAGUUUAUGAUGAGUCUUCAAAGCAAUGGAUAGGUGAGCUUUAUUGGGAUAAUCUGGCAGCAGCUGCUCAAUUCUGCCAAUCAUGA